GACUGCUUCCUUCUCGACACUGGCUCUGGGGUGUACGUGUGGAUUGGCAGUGGCUCCAGCAAGAAGGAGAAAGUCAAGAGCAUGGAGAUGGCAGCCAACUACAUGGAGAAGAAAGGAUAUCCCAAAUGGAGGAGCGUACAACGCGUGGUUGAGAAAGCGGAACCGGCUGUAUUUAAAGCAUACUUCAAGACGUGGAAGGAGCCCCAAGAACAACUUGGUCUCGGCCGUGUCUUUACUCAGAGACAAAUGUCAGCAGUUACAGCUACAGAGACGGACUUUAAUGUUAGCUCCCUGCAUGCUGAGAAGCGCCGCCUCUUGCAAAAGAAUGCAGGUCCUGCCUUUGGUUUCAUGCCUGAUGAUGGCUCUGGCAAGAUUGAAAUUUGGCGCAUUGAGAACUUUGAACUUGAGCCUGUCGAUGAAAGUGCUUAUGGGUUCUUCUUUGGUGGGGAUUCCUACGUCAUGAAGUACACAUACGAGAUCAGUGGCAACCAGCGUUACAUCCUUUACUUCUGGCAGGGAAGUGCCAGUAGUCAGGACGAGAGGGCUGCAUCCGCUAUUCACACCGUUCGCCUCGACAAUGAGCUGUGUGGCAAGGCUGUACAAGUGCGUCUUGUCCAAGGAUAUGAGCCAGCACAUUUCCUAAGAAUUUUUAAGGGUCGUAUGGUGGUAUUCCUUGGUGGUAAGGCUUCUGGCUUCAAGAAUGUACAUGACCACGACACGUACGAUGUUGAUGGUACAAGACUCUUCCGGGUGCGUGGCACGUGUGACUUUGACACCCGCGCCGUCCAGGUGCCUGAGGUGGCCGGCUCACUCAAUGCUGAUGAUGCGUUCGUUUUGGAAACACCAGGAAAAACUUACCUCUGGAUUGGCAAGGGAGCAAGUGAAGAGGAAAAGGCUAUGGGCGAGAAGGUUGCAGAGCUGGUAUCUCCUGGUCGUGACCUGCAGGUUGUGGCUGAAGGGGAGGAAAGCGAUGACUUCUGGGCUGGUCUCGGUGGUAAAGGUGAAUACCAAAAUGUUCGCGAGCUAGACAGACCUCUGCUGUAUCCCAGACUCUUCCACUGCACCAUCUCUCCUGCUGGCUGCCUCAGAGUUAAUGAGGUGUCUAACUUCUCCCAGGAAGACCUGAAUGAGGAUGAUGUUAUGGUUCUGGACUCUGGCGAUGAAAUCUAUGUUUGGGUUGGACAAGGUUCCGAUGACCAGGAGAAAGAGAAAGCCUUUGCUAUGGCAGAGAACUACGUCAAGACUGAUCCGACAGAACGUACCCUGGACUCGACUGUGAUCCUACGUGUGACGCAGGGAGAGGAACCGGCUGCCUUCACUGCCAUCUUUCCUGCAUGGAACCCCGACAUGUGGCAGCAGCUUCCCAGACGAGCCGAGAAGUCUCAAAACAUAGAAAAAGUUGUCAAAGAUCAACCUGAAAAGAAAAAGACUUCUAACUGUUGCUGUUGCCAAUGAGCGUGAAGUAAGACCGAUCAGCUGAGGAACUUCAAACAUACUAACCCUUUUGAUGUAUCCAAGGCUUCCCUCCUAAUAAUGUUGCAAACACUCGGGUCAUGUUUUGGAAGCCGUUUCACCAAAGAAUAUUUAAAACAUGUACAGUAGUAUGCCAUUUGCCACCUAAUGCGAAGCCAAGGUAGUAUGCAGAAUAAAUAUGAAUUCAGUAUCUUUACAAUUAUUCAUUUGAAAUUUAAAAUCAUAUUGAUUACCUAGUUCAUACAGUUGGGGUCAUGGGAUUCUGAGUGUGUACAUUUUUAAUUUUCAUCCAGUAUUUGAAAAGCUGGUACAUAUACUUAUUUAUUAAUAUAUUUAUUUAUUUAAAAAAAAUCAAUAAAUUAAUUGCUAAGUAAAGUCAUAUUGGCAAUUUUUCUUUAAGGCCGACCCCAAAAAAGUUUAACUGUUGUGAUAGUGAAGAUUAAAGUUCAGGUCUACCAAAUGACACCACUAUGAUGACCAAACCACACAUCAAAAGAUGGAGAAAGGACAACAUUUCGGUCCGUCCAUGACUGUUAUCAAGUCAAGAAAUUAUCGAGUUCACGACUUUAUAAAGGUCCAGAGUGGACCUAAACAUAGUUGAUUCCGCAUCUUCUGAUAUGUACUUUGGUUAUCAUAUAACCACAUUGUGACUCAUCUGCCAUUACUAUGCUACCACCUUUAACAAACAUAUGCACAAAGAUAUAAUCUAAAAAAUUUAUAAGAAAUUUACAAUAAACACUGAAGGCAUUGCGGAGACUGAUAUUUUAUUUAUAGUCGGUUUUGCUUCAGCUAGGUUUAUGGUGUUCAGACAAGUACCCAAAUUUUAAGUGCAAAUUUUCACAGGAGCAGUUGGGUCUCGCUACAAAAAGUUGAGCCUUUUAUACAUGCUAGAGCUGCUAAAGCUCAUAUCAAGAUAAUGCUUAAAAAAUACAAUACAUAAACUAGGCCAAGAACUCUAUGCAUGUAUUUUUUUUUUUUAAAUACAGUAUGGGUAGAGUUAAAAUGAGAGAAUCUAACCAAGCUGCCAGUCACUUGCUACAGUCUCUCGAUGCAUACAUCUGGAUGUGUGAUUUCCUAUUUGUGGUUUACAGAAUAGAACAUGUUUUGUGUGUGUGUGUGUGUGUGUGUAUAUUCACAGUAUACUGUGCUUGUGUGCUCAUUUUUGUUUGGCCUCAUUAACAAAAAAACAAUAUGAACUGCAAUAACAGUUAAAAAUACUAGUAUCACCAUUCUUAUUUUAUAAUAAUUGGCAUUUAUAAAGUUAAUCCUUAAAAAGAAAAUUAACCCAAUUUCCUCAAAUGCCAUUUUCUUCUAAUAAAUAUACACAUGUAAAAAUAAAUAUAUUUUAUCACUGUUCUGUACAGUACUUGGGAAUAAAUCCUUCUUGUCAGUAAUGUAUUAUAACGGCCUAAAUAAAACACAAAUUAUUGUUAAUGCCUCUUAAAUCUAAAUGUAAUUAGUACAAUAGGAAAUUUUUGUAUAGCUUUUUAUAGAGCACUAAAAAAUUCAAGCAAA